GCCACGAAUACGAGAAGUCCGCUGUUCUUUUUCACGUACUAACACACACAAACACACGCAGAGACCUCCCCUGUUCCGGCAGCCGUCUUCCUUGACAUCAGUUAUCUCCUCCUCCUCCUCCUCCUCCUCCCCGGUUUCCGACGGCUGACGCCAUGCUCCAUCUUCCCAUCAGCACUGCUCAGACCUCAGCUAUUCCCCUCCCUUUCGCUUUCCUUACCACCAUUAUUACUACCACAUUGACUAGCAUUUCCAUUCCAACUUCCAUUAAUAACAUCACCAGAAUUAACUGAGAACCAGAGGGUUUUAACUGUUUCUCGCCUCGACCCCGUGAAGGAAAAACGUCCCUUUGUUGAAUUUGGAAAGGAUUUUGUGGGUUCUGUAGAUUUUCCCAAAUGCCUGCUGCUGUGUAUCACCAAUUGCCUUCCUUGAAUGGCUUGAAGGACUCCUCUGCAUUCUUUCAAUUGCCUCCGUCGUCCAAUGUCUCCACAAGGAGGAAUGCAAGGUGGAGGUCUCCUGAAGCAGCAGUUAUUCCCAGUUUUCAUCUCCCAAUGCGUAGUUUUGAAGUUAAAAACAGGUUACAAUGAUGCAUUACCUGUUUAUAAUUGCAUUCUAAUCUUUCUAAUCAAUUUAGAUAUUAUUAUGUUUGUUUCCGAGGAAUUACUUCCUGUAUGAGAUUUGUUCUGUUUUGUCUUUCCGGUUUAAAAUAUUUCUCUUAAUUUCUUCAAAGCUAUUCAAUAUCUUGAUUAAGCUAUUCAAUUUCUUGUUUUGCUUUGUUUUGUCUUCCCAAAACUUUUAUUUCAUUGGCUCCUUUAUGGAUGUGAAAACUAUUUCCUUUUGUUUCAUUCCUCUCCUUUUGUUUUAAAAGCCCAUUUUGAAAUUUUCAAUAUUACCCUUUUUUUGUGAAGGCAGAGAUGCUAAUCUCCUUCAGAAUACUACCCUGGCAAUGGCAUGAUACACAGUUGAAAUCGACAUAGUUACGGCUUAGUUGGCUUUCAGAUGCUUAUCACAUUGAAAUCAUCUAGCAGGCCUUUCUAACACAGAUGCAGUAAUGAAAGUGAAUCCUCAUAUUAAUAUUGAUUUCUCAGUGGGGCAUGAUAAUCUAUAGUCAAAACUUAAAAAAUUGCUCAGAAAUAAGCAAGAGUGCAUCCAGGAUGGCUGCCUGCUGCUGUUAGUCUUACAUAUUUCUUUCACUUUGCUUAGUCCACGUUUACUACUUGUGUUUACAGGACCUUCUCCGAGGAUAUUAAGGCUCUGAAAUUGAUCACAGCUAUCAAAACACCAUAUCUGCCAGAUGGCAGGUUUGACCUGGAGGCUUAUGACUCCCUAGUGAACAUGCAAAUUGAAAACGGAGUUGAGGGUGUCAUUGUUGGUGGGACAACAGGAGAAGGCCAAUUAAUGAGCUGGGAUGAGCAUAUAAUGCUUAUUGGACACACAGUUAACUGUUUCGGUGGGUCUAUUAAGGUCAUUGGAAAUACUGGAAGCAACUCUACCAGGGAAGCUAUCCAUGCCUCUGAACAGGGCUUUGCUGUUGGAAUGCAUGGUGCUCUUCAUAUAAAUCCUUACUAUGGGAAAACCUCCAUAGAGGGAAUGAUUGCUCAUUUUGAUAGUGUACUUCAUAUGGGUCCUACCAUCAUCUAUAAUGUGCCAUCUCGUACUGGGCAGGAUAUUCCCCCAUCUGUUAUUUUCGCUCUUGCGAAGAAUCCUAACCUGGCUGGCAUCAAAGAAUGUGUUGGAAAUGAUCGUGUGGAACAGUAUACAAGUAAGGGGAUCGUCGUCUGGAGUGGCAAUGACGAUCAGUGCCAUGAUUCAAGGUGGGAUUUCGAUGCAGUGGGUGUUAUUUCUGUUACUAGCAACUUGGUUCCUGGUCUAAUGAGAGAACUCAUGUUUUCUGGAAAGAACCCAGCUUUGAAUGCUAAGCUCAUGCCACUCAUUGAAUGGCUAUUUAAGGAGCCAAAUCCUAUUGGUUUGAACACAGCUCUUGCCCAGCUUGGUGUUGCAAGGCCAGUUUUCAGGUUGCCAUAUGUCCCUCUUCCAUUAGCGAAAAGGGUUGAGUUCGUAAAUAUAGUGAACGAGAUUGGAAGGCAACAUUUUGUUGGAGAGAAAGAUGUUCAGGUUUUAGACGACGACGACUUCAUCUUAGUGGAUCGAUACUAGCUGCUGUGCUAGUGUUCCGUGUGUUGUCUCAUUAGUUGGAGCUAUUUCCCUUUGUGUUCAGAAUACGAAAAGAAGCAUGAUUUUAUGUGGUUUUAGCAGAGGCUAUUAUGUGUCAAAGAGUCGAGGCUCGGAAAUUCACUUGUUUGAAUUUUUUUUUUUGGUAAACUGUAAACUUUUAUUUCCACUUCUUGGUCAACCUUGCUGUUACACUGUUUUUCUUAGGCAACUGUCUAUUACACCCUUCUGUCUAUACACAUUUUUCAUUUAUCCUUGUUAAUCUAUUCUAUUACAAAAAUGCUCUAUGAUAUUCUUUACAUUCUGUCC